UCCGGGAUGGAUGCCGGCUUGGAAGUGUUGAAUGGCUGCUGAUUGCAGUCGCUGCGUACGGAGAAUUGAGAGUAACUAUACUAACUGGCGCUAGCAGCGCAACUGCGUCAGCUUGUUCUACCAGCGCUGGAUCGCUUGUAUAGUUUCUCUUAAUGGCAGCCGGGACCGCUGCCUAGACUCUCUGCCUAAACUCUCUGCCUUUGCCAAGAGCAGUUUAAUACCUGGGCAGUAAUUCUACCUGCUCUCUUUACUGUGCCUGCCCUAGUCUCUUCCCUGUACCCAAACUCUCUCUCCGAUCUCUGACUGUACCCUCCUUCUCUUCUUCCUCAUACCUCUGCCCACCCCCUCCUUGCCCGCCUGACUGCCCAUUCCCCCCCCCCAUUACUGACUGUACCCUCCCCAUCACUGCCCCCUUACACUAAACGCCUAUCCCUUCCCCUCAUCCCUAGCUGCACUCUCUUCCCCCUGUUCUGAAUCAAUUCCUAGAAUUUGCCUUUUUUUUACCCCUCAUGAUUGUACCCUUCCCUGCUGCCCCCUCAUUCUCAUCAUUGACUGUAACUCCUUCUCUCUGUAGCCAGUCCCACCAUUCAUCAUUUGUCUCUCCUCCAUAACUUACUGUACUCUAUAUGAUCACUAACUGCCUCCUACCCUGACCUUCAUUCCUUCCUGUAUAUAGAAUUUCCUUAGCUUUGGGAUUACUGUAUCCCAUGAUUCCCAUCUCUCAUCCUUAGUUGUACAUGCCAUCCCUUUAUCAUUAAACAUUCUCUCAUUACCUGCUGUACCCUCUCCCCUUGUUCCUUAUGACUCCCCAAAAGAACUGGCUUUCACAAUCUUGCAUUUGCUGCUAGAAAAUAUUCAGCCCAUUGACUGUACAAUAUCAGAAAAUGCCAGAAAACAAAUGAUUUACUCCUCCCUCCCCACCCAGGCAGAUAUAGGUAAUGUUUCUGUAGCUCACCCUAAAGUGUGUCUCUGAAUACCAAUGUCUGGGCCCAUGGCCUUAGAUUUAGGCAGAGGUCGGCAGACCCCGGUCAGCUGUUCCAGCUCUUGGCUGUGUAAUGAAGAACUGGGCGCCAUUUUGCGUGUUUCGUUGUCGGACAUUCCUUUUGGGGAAGAUGAGAAUCCCACAAGGGAGGAGUGUGUGCUUCUAGAAGCACCGGCAUCAGAAACAGGCGGCCCCUGUGAGCUGGUUUUGUGCUGCUCGGCUCAAGGGACAGAGCGAAUUCGGAGUCUUACCAUCUGCAGCCAAGCGCGCACCAUAGAAGUUUACAGCGUAUCGCAGGAAGGGCAAGAUGGGGAAUAUUUAGGGACACACAGAGCAAGUAAAACAUACACGGUUGCAGGUUCUGGAGAGGAUGGUGCUAUAACUUUAUAUGAGACUCAUCUACAGUUGGAUUUCCCUGUACCUUCUUGCAAAGUCAAGCUGCUCUCCCUGUCUGGAAGGCAAUGUGUGCUCCUCUGCAGGAUUUCAGUACAGAUUUCAUCAGUCCCUGAAAGUUGCUCCCAGGCAGCUUCUUUUUUGGGUCCUGCUAUUGACUUGGACCGAGUACAGAGUAUGAUGGACAGCAUGGGUGGGAAGCUUUCCCCUGGCGCAGAGCAGCUGAUGGGUAUGGUGCGUGCUCAGCAGAAGCACCAGAGUCCAUUUGGCGCACACUUUCUGCAGAUGUUGAGCGGCUAUGAACAAGGUGCGGGGAGAAAUACAAAGGGUGCCGAGCCCAAGCUUUCCAACUUGGUACAUAGUCAGUUGCCCAGUACUAGUACGGAAAUCACGCAUACUCAAAUCCCAGAACUUCCAGUGCUUCAAGAACACAGAGCCCCAAAAAAGUUGGGGCUCCCAGCCUGCGAUGUUACAUCAGCAGUGUCCUCACUCCUGCAGAAUCCAUUGAGCGGCUUAGGUGGGACAAGCCAUGAGUCUUUGAUGCCACUUUUGCACAGCUUGUGUUUAGACAAAAACCUUCAUACAUCUAAGCAACGUGAAGACAAAGAGGAGCCCUGUGUGCCAGCUAGGGGUGAGAAGAGCGAGAGCAACAUAGAGAAAAUGGUUUCUGUACGCAUGGAGCAAAUGGAGAGGACUCUUUUGGACCAUAUUGAUAAAAAAAUGAAAAGCCUGCAGGAUCAUUUGGAUGCUAGACUUGAUCUUUUAAUGAACGUUGUACAGAGUAAAUGUAUCCCCUCUGUUUCAUACCUUGGAAGCUUGGGAGAUACGCUUCCCAAUGGCCAACCAGAAUACAAUGGAAAAGGGAAUUGUACCUGCAAUGGUAUCUGUGAUCACAUAUCUGACAUUUCUGGUGUUUCAUAGGAAUAAAUCUGGGCUUUCUCUUGCCAUCUCUUUGCUCAAUGUGAGGGGGCCACCUGUGCAUAAGUAGCCCAUGUAACUGAGGGCUUCACCUAGAAGGCAACACAAGUGAUGGGUAUAAUGUUCAGAAAGGAUCAUACACGUUAUAUAGUUAGUGGCAUGUUUCUAACAAAAGUCUUCACUGUUAAUUAUGAAAAGACAUGCAGUGACAAUAUGAUCUUAUUUAGCCACUCCAUGAACAUGGCACUGUGUGUGUGUAGGGCACGAGCCUGACAUGCUUAAAGUAUUAAAUACAAGGUAGCCUACACGACUCUGCUACUACAAAUGCAGGGAGUGAAAAGAACAGACCUAAUUCUAAUGUACUGUGUACUUGGUUUUCUGAAAGAUGGUUUCUUGUAUGGUAAUACGAAACUGUAAUUUUGUCUGGAUUAACACAAAGACAUUAUUCUGAUGUCUGUGUAAAAUAUGCAUACUGAAACUCAUUUGCAAUGAGCAGUUCAUUAAAGGGGAUAUACUGUGUAAGAAA